UUUUCGUAUUCAUCUUUCAACUUCCCCACGACGGCAUUAGAUAGCUAAUUCUUUCAUUCUUUUCUCCUUUUGUCCCUUUCUAUUCGGCUGCGGCCGUGCUCUUCUCAUGAGCCUAUUUUGUGUUCUUCUAUGAACCUGUUACUUUCAUAAUUCUUUGAUUUUCUUGUUCUCCAAAAAACCAAUGUACGUUACUUGGUAACUUGUCGCUCUUUGAUAAAAAUAAACGGAAAAGGGAACACUCAGCGCAAUACACGUCGCAUAUCAUUAUCCACACUGUCACACACGUCACCAAGACUGAUCAGCCAAACACUAGAUUGAUCUCAACCCACCUAUAUCCACCUUCGCUGUUUUUCCAAGGUUCCCAGGUUCCCGACAGCUGCAGGUAACCGGAGAAACUGAGACCCUUCUUUGAACGACCUCCCGCGUUUUCCAGAAUCGCGACGACUUGCCGGACAUCGCCCCUGCUUUGUCUCAAGUUGGAAGGACGAACUCGUAAGAAGGUGCUCAGGUGUCAAUUAGGAGGAGAGAGAAAGCGAGAGGAGAUGAGAGUUUCAGAUCGACAAACCAAAUCGUCGCCCCCGGUUAUGGAGGACCGAAUCUAAAAAAAAAAAGCCUACCAUCUCAUCUACCCGUGUCGACAGGUCACAUCUGAGCUGGAAAUGCCUGCUCAGAAAGCUGUACCAGACACAUUCCCGGAUACUAACCAAUAUAGCAAUUAACCAUGGCCGACCAACAACGCGUGUCGACGCCUAUCGGCUCCCGGAGCGCCGUUCGACGAUCCUAUCUCCGCACAAGUUCGCAGUCGCCGUCUCGCCACCAACAACGUUUAGGCGACGACUUACUUUCCCAACUUUCACCCAAUGCCGCUGUCGAUGCUCUCCGAUCUCCUACCGGAGCUUUGAAAGCAUGUAUGGAUAAAGCCUCGGCCUCCGAGCAGGCCUUUGCGAUGCGAACCGCAAUCGCUUCGAAAAAGAUACGCGACUGGCUCGAAGAGCUCUCCAACUGGACUUGGCAUCGGAGUAAUGGCGCUACCGGCUUUGAGAUGCCUCCUGCUAAGAAAAGGAAGCUUUUCGAGCCAGAGCAGCGAGGAGGUGGCAGCGGCAAGUCGACCGAAUCCAACCUUCCCUACGAUACCGAUUACCUUGGCAGCUUACGCGUUGCCGACGUGGACCGUUACGAGAAACGAGUCGAAAAGAUACAACAAGAGUUAGACGAUCUAGAUCUGGAGGAGAUCAAGAGCCAAGUUCUACACAACCAUAUCCUACCGCUUUCGCGACCUAGCAGCCCAGCUUUCUCCGAUGGCGGUUGCUCUGUCAUGUCCACUUCCAUGUUUGCGAAAAUGGAAGAUUUGACCGCGGUUGUUACCGCCAUCACCGUUCAGGCUUUGCCUAACUUGUCGAGAUUGACAAGAUUACUAAACACGUGGACUACGCGAUUCCUUAUCUUGCGAAAAGUUCCGUCUCUGAUGGUCAUGAUUGCAGAUGCAGAGGUCGCGUUGCGUUCUGGCUGGAACGCGAUCGAAUCGCCCGAGUCUAGCCCCACACGCGCAACUGGACGCGACAAUUCGUCUAACCUUUCUAGAAAAGAGUUUGAUAUCAUAAAACGCGUCAUACAACAGAAAGUAACGAAACCUGGCCGAGCCUUAGACUAUAUGCUCGACUCACUAGAGGGUUCGAUGGAUACUCUGCCUGACGAGUGGCUUGAUAAGAUGGAACAAAUUGAGCGAGGUUACGCGAUAUGGGAAACAACUGCGGAGCGCAAAGUUCUAGCGGGAGAGAGGAACGAUCAACUUGAAGUAUCAUCUAAGGAUGUAUCUAUCCGAACGGAGCCGGAAACCCCACGACCACAGAUUCAUGUCGAAGGUCCGAGCCCAACCAAGGAUUCGCCAGAGCCAUCUGACUUUGAUCAAUUUGCCUCACCUCCGACGCCGUCCAACCCCCCCACAGAACCGAGACGUACUGAAGAUAUGGACAAUAGCCCUGAGCUCCCGAAAGGAAGACCUGCCGCAUCUUCCAAACCCACUGCGGUGAAGUUCCUAGCUAAUGGACCGAGGAAGGACACCCCGGCGUCGACCUCACAAGUUGUCGACCCGAGCACCGUCGCAGCGCACCAACGUGAUACUAACCCAAGAGCCAAGGCUCAAAACCCCUUCAACUAUGAUGGUGCUAGUGAGAAACGGCCUGUGGCUGUUAAAAAGACAAUUUCCAAAUCAAUUACCGUGCUAUCCGAUUUCCCGCGUUUAUCUCGACCGUCUAAGCAGUCGCGUGUGCAGACGCACGACAAAUCGGAGAGUAGGCAGACAUCUGAAAGUCCUAGGACCAGUCCCGUUUUAGGUGAAGUCGACCGGAAUAUCAUACGCAGUCCUCCCCUAGAGCUUAAGAGAAGAGAGGAAACUGCCGAGAGGGAGCCUGUUUAUGUUGAUGAGCUCGAAUCUUCAAUAUUGGAGCCUUCGGUGCUGGAGCCGGUAGACGAAGAAGGGGAAGGAGAAGAACUUGAAUUGCCUCCUGCCCGUUUUGUGAGUCAUAGAACCAGCAACCAAUCUAUUGCUUCCACCGUCAUACAUGGCACUUCCAACAGCUUUCUCGGCAAUUCAGACAGUGUCCUUUUUAGAGAGGGGUCUAUGGAGCCAGAUCUGCCGCGUUUAGCGGAUCCCGACGAGCCAUUCUCAAGCGACAAUAUCAGUCCACCUAGCUCACCGCCUUUGCGCUACAAGGCUCGAUCUACAUCUGUCACAUUUAAGGAUGUUCCCGAGAUAGCUUCGUUGCCAGACCCAAAUUUAGAGUUAGGCAGCAGUCCACCUCGGAGCCCCCUUGAGCCUCCCGAGGUCUUCGAUGCAGAUGCUUCGUUCGAGUAUGAAAGCCAAGCCGGUAGCCCAAGCCGCAUGAGUACGGUCAGCUCUAUUAGUGAAGAUGAGCACCUCCACCAGCAAAUCAGUGAUAUCCUCGAGUCUAUCCCGGCUAAGAUCCGGAUCAAGAGGACACCUGGUGUUAAUCUGAAUCCACCAGAUCUUCAGCUCCCCUCCCGACCUAAAUCCAGAGCCUCGGACUUUGCGCGUCGUAGCAACUCGAGUUUAUCUGCGCGCUCCGGUACUUCAUUUUCUCGCAGUGGAACCCCCUCCUUCAUGUUAGCGCCAGCGAGAGAUUCGCGGGCAAAGACAAAGAGCAGCCAAGGAAUCAGGGUCUAUCAUUUAUCACGUUCUACAGGCGAACCUCCGCUUAAAUUGCUUAUCCGCUGCGUUGGAGAAAAGGGCGAGAGAGUGAUGGUUCGAAUAGGCGGUGGAUGGGCUGACUUGGGCGAAUACCUGCGGGAGUACGCAGUACAUCAUAGCUCGCGUUCUAAAGGAGAAGGGAAGGUGGAUAUCCGAGACCUGCCUACUGUUCCAAGUGGCUUAGGAUCGAGCCCGUCUAGUCGACCUGGCUCGGCGAUGGAAUCUCCCAGCACCCCCCUCAUGGUCCGGAAAACUAGGAAGAGUCUGGGUGAAGAAGGGGGAACAAAACGUCCAAAGACACCGUUUUCUAUUGAGCAGGGGGCUGACUCACCAUCUUCUCAGACAUCGGCUAGGUCACGGUCGUCGUCGCGUGUGGAUUGGGACGAGGAAGACAGCUCUCUCGGAUUGGCCGGACCGAAAGGAAGGAAGGUUGACAUGAGCGACGAGAGCCGGGCUUGGAUAGAGAGUGUGAAGGAAAAGGUACGGAUAGCUAGUGGCGAUCGGGUACCUCCUCCGGAGCAACGACUUGACACGAAGUUCGGCGAGAUGGGUAAAGUCGGCGGUACGAAACGGCUAUUUAAGAGGAAUUAGGAACAUCUUUACGGCCCGUAACGACCGACUUUUGAUCUCGAAAAAGGCUGCGUUGAGGAGUCCACGGGCUGGUUUUUGGAUCGUCGGGGAAAAGGGGAAGGAGUAUCCCGUUUGAGCGACCCGGAAAAAGGGGUAGGGUUCGGAUUGGUAACAUACCAGGCCCGGUGUUCAAUGGCUUUUACUUUGGCAGGAGGUUCCUGCAUCUUAGGUCUCAUCCUUUGACACACUCACACCCACUCAUACCUACACUCACAUCCACACAUCCAUACCUACGGUGCUCUUUUUUUACUUUUUUUCGUCCUUCGAGCAUCGUUUUCUAUCACCAAUACCCGCUUUUUGUUACAGAAACGGGGCUCCGGCACUCAAGAUGAGUGUUAGGAUGCCCUUACUACUUUGAUACAAUACAAUAACACAUUUAAAGAA